AUGUUCCUCUGGCGCUCUCGUCGCCCGGAGGAUGGCAUCCAGCAGGCGAUGGAGGCGGCAGUGGCGGCCGAUAAGGCAGAGAAGUACGAGGAGGCAGUGGGACUAUACGCUGCCGGUAUUGAGAAGAUGAUGGUGCAGUUCUCGCAGCUACCGGACGAUGCGUCCAGGACGCAGUUGAGGCACAAGAUCAAUGAGUACAUGUUGAGAGCCGAGUACCUGAAGUAUCAGAUGGUAGAGCAGCACACUCUGAAGCAGACGCCGAUACAAAGAGCCGAGUACACAAAGAAGCACACAGCACAUGCUCAUGCUAUCUUGGACGAGGUGCUAGACCGCUCACCGGGGGUGCGAUGGACGGACAUUGCAGGAUUGAGCGUUGCAAAGCAGAUCUUGCAGGAAGCUGUCAUACUACCCACAUUGCGUCCAGACUUGUUUACGGGCUUGCGGGCCCCACCUCGCGGGGUGCUUUUGUUUGGUCCACCGGGAACGGGGAAAACUUUGUUGGCGAAAGCUGUCGCGACGGAAGCAAACGCAACUUUCUUCAAUAUCUCUGCGUCGUCUUUGACGUCCAAGUGGGUAGGUGAAGGCGAGAAGUUGGUCCGAGCGCUUUUCGAGAUGGCGCGAGAGCUUCAGCCGUCUGUGGUGUUUAUGGAUGAGAUCGACGCUUUGUUGGCGGCAAGAUCGGCAUCUGAGAAUGACGCAAGUCGAAGGAUCAAAAACCAGUUUUUCACGGAAUUAGACGGAGCGGCAUCAUCACAGGAAGACCGGGUUCUUGUCAUGGGUGCUACGAACCUCCCCCAGGAGCUGGAUGAGGCCAUCAUACGACGCUUAGAGAAGCGCAUUUACGUGCCUCUUCCAGAUGCUUCAUCUCGUGAAGGGCUUUUCCGGCAUCUACUACAAGGCAGCCACAAAUUUUCCUUGUCGUCCAGGGAGAUCAAGCACAUAGUGAAGUCAACCGAGGGCUAUUCCGGCAGUGAUCUCAAGGCUGUGUGCAAAGACGCGGCUCUCGGUCCAAUCCGUGAGCUCGGCGCAAAAGUCGCGAGUGUGAAAGUCGAAGACGUGCGAGGUAUCAACGCGUCGGACUUUCAGGUGGCUCUUGAGCGAGUACGCCCAAGCGUGUCGGCGACGACGAUAGAGGCUCUUGUUGCAUGGAAUGAACAGUACGGAGUGUCUGCAGUAUGA